CAACAUCAACAACAAAACCCGCUAACUCCUACCGUGUCGUACUUCCCCAGUUCCAUCUUUUUCGUCCAAACAACCCUCAUCGCCCUUCUUUUUCAGAGGGGCCUCAUCAUCAACAUCAACACCAUCCUUCUGAUCAUCAACCAUCCCUAUGGUCACAACGAAAAAGACAGCAAUAUGGCCCCCCACGUAACCCCCACCACCAAACUGCAAAUCAUCGGCGCCUUCAAACUCCUCCGCUUCCUGCGUAGUCGCCACCAGUUUCCCCCCGGCACCAUCUCCAACAACGACAUCUUCCGCCUCUUCUCCGUCUCCCGCACCACGGGAUACCGCGUCCUCUCGGAAAUCACCGUCUCGCAGGACCUGACGGCUUCCGAACGCGCCGCGCUAGACGCCGAGACGGCCGCCGCCCUCGAAGAAGAGGAAAAUGCCCGCAUCGCAGAGAUCAUCAACAACCCGCGCGAGGAGACGAGGGGACGUAAACGGAAACUAACGGAGCGGGAUGUGGAGGUUAUUGAGCAUUGGUUGGAUCGGAAUGGGGGAAGGGGAGAGGUGAAAUGGAAGGAUGUCCCCGUGGCGGCGGGGUUGGGGGUCAUAUUGGGGAAGGAUGGAAAGGGGGUGGUGAGUGGGGUUACGGUUAAGAGGGCGUUGUCUGCCUGGAGGGAGAGGAAUAGGGAGGUGGAUGUGGAGGAUUGGACGAGGGCGAGGGGGGCGGGGGGGUUGAGAGGGAGUGAGAAGGCGAGGGAACGGUGGGGACGGGUGAGACCUGGGGAGCAACAGGAGGACAAUAGAGGUGGGAAUGGGGAGGUAGAGGGGUUGGGGACGGGGACUGGGGGUGAGAAUGGGAAUGGGAAUGGACAGGAAACGGGAGAAAGGGAAGGGAUGUCGGGUAGUGAAAGUGAGAGUGAGGAUGAGAGUGUGGUGGAGACGGGGGCUGGGCCUUUGGAAGCUGGGACGGCAACGGCGACGGCGAGUGGAAGUGGAAGUGGAAGUGGGAAUGCUGCUAUGGCGCCGCCGGGGACGGUAACGGGAAACGAGGGUGAGAUCAUUAUGAAUGCGACGGGCGAGAAUCAGGCACAGCAGCAGCAAAACACCAAAAAGAGGCGAACGCAAACCGAACCACAAGGUCCCGACCCCAAAUCCCUGUGGAAAAACCGAUGGGAAAUUGAAAGGGCCGCAAAGGAGGCUGAAGCGCGACGUCAGGCGGAGGCUAUGGCUGAGGCUAGAGCACGAGCUAAGGCUCAAGCUGCCAAGGAACGAUAUCGUCUAACGCGUCAGAGGAAACGCCAGCAGCAGAAACUUGAGAGGCAGCAGCAGCAGCAGCAAAGUCAAGCUCAAGCUCAGAACUUACCUCCUCCUCCUACUGCUCCCGUACCACAACAACAACAACAGCAGCAGCAGCAGCAGCAGCACCAAUAUCCACAACAUCCACAACACCCACAACAACAGCAGCAGCAACAGAGACCAUACACAUCAAUGAGCUUCAUCCCUCUACCAACCUACGGACAGCAGCAGCAGCAGCAGCAACAAAACGGAGUCGCAAGUGCAAGUGGCAGUGGCAGUGGUAACGGAACCGGAACCGGAACCGGAAGUGGAAGUGGACCUCCAACAAGUAGUAGUGCAAACCAAACCUUCAACAAUGGGGUUGCUGCUGGAGGAAGUUGGAAUGGAAACGCCAGUGCUGUCGACGGACAACAGAGAACAGUAACUGGUGGUGGUGGAGAGGCGGAGGAUAUCAUGAUGCUGGGGAGACUUUCGGGGGUUUUGAGGUAGGAUACGAUGAUUAUACCGCUUUGGGGUUGUGGUAGACGGGAGGGUCGGGUUUGGGCGAGGGACAGGGUUGGGUCAGGGACAGAGUUAGGUUUAGGGACAGGCCGGCAGCCGUAGCGUGAGCAGGGACAGGAGGGUCCAUUGUAGUAAUUGGGUUUGAAGGAGUGUGGAUUGCUGGAUGCGAUUCUGGUGGUCACUUCACGUAUUUUUUUUCUUUUUUUUUUUUCUCUUCUUUCUUAUCUAUGGUUGGGGGAGAGACACGAAGGAAACGAAAAGGGGGCACACGACCAGUUAUUCUAUGGCUUUUUUGCAUCUAUGAUGGGUAUAUACACGGAACUGCUUGAACUGGUU